GGUGAUUACACGGGAACAUACUCAAUAAGUAAAUCUCAAUAACAUUGAAAAUAUACCGUCCAACAUUUUAUAAAUUAGAACAUAAAUUAUGAAUGCAACUAAGCGGGUCAUAUGUCAGCAACGGCUCUUCUUUCAAACACAUCGGAUGUCUAGUCAUGACAAUCCUUUGGGAAUAAAAGGCGGAGACCUAACAGAACACCAGAGAAAGGUGAUGGCUAGGGGCCUGCCUCGCAAGCAGCCCAUAGAUGGUGUUAAAACUGUGAUAGUUGUGGCAUCAGGAAAGGGAGGUGUCGGAAAAUCAACCACUGCUGUGAACUUGGCUCUUGCAAUGGCAGCAAAUGAACCAUCCAAGCAGGUAGGUCUACUAGAUGCAGACGUGUUUGGCCCAUCAAUACCAAUGAUGAUGAAUCUGAAGGGUGAACCUCUACUGAAUGACAGGAAUGAGAUGGUGCCAUUGACAACCUAUGGAAUAAAAUGCAUGUCCAUGGGUUUCCUGGUGGAUGAGAAGUCCCCCAUCGUGUGGCGUGGUCCCAUGGUGAUGUCAGCCGUACAGAGGCUUAUCAGGCAGAUUGCCUGGCGACCGCUGGACUUCCUGUUCAUAGACAUGCCCCCCGGUACUGGAGAUACCCAGCUGUCUCUAUCACAGAACAUACCCAUCAAUGGAGCUGUUAUUGUAUCCACGCCUCAAGACAUAGCCCUCAUUGACGCCAGGAGAGUGGCGGAAAUGUUUAGAAAGGUAGAUGUGCCUGUGCUGGGUACUGUACAAAACAUGAGUGUGUAUAUCUGCCCCAAGUGUGGCCACACUGACCACGUGUUUGGAGACAACGGGGCCCAGGCAGUCGCUGAUGAGAUGGGCGUACCCAUUCUAGACAAUCCAAGAUGAACGUUUUCUUGUUGACGACACUUUUUGUCGGCACCGUCGCUGCCGUUGGUAAAGUAUUCCGACCGACGCGUCAUUCUAAUCGUUUAAUUAUUACAAUUCUUGGACUUAAAAUAAUAAAGUUCUGCCGGUGGAUCCGCUGGUUUUGGAGGAGCGUUUGGCGGCGGCUUCAGCAUUUCAGGCGGCGGUUCUGGCGGAGCUGGAAACGGAGGAGUCGGUAAAAGUAAAAGCGGCUGGAGUUCCGGUGCCGGAUGGGGAUCUGGUUCUGGAAGCGGAUGGCGAUCUGGUUCCGGAAGCGGCUGGGGAUCUGGUUCCGGUAGCGGCUGGGGAUCUGGUUCCGGAACGGCUGGGGAUCUGGUUCAGGUAGCGGAUGGGGAUCUGGUUCCGGUAGCGGCUUGGGAUCUGGUUCCGGAAGCGGCUGUGGAUCUGGUUCCGGUAGCGGCUGGGGAUCUGGUUCCGGUAGCGGUUCGGAAUCUGGUUCCGGUAGCGGUUUGGGAUCUGGUUCUGGUAGCGGUUGGGGAUCUGGAUCCGCUAGCGGCUGGGGAUCUGGUUCCGGCACUGCUGGCGCAGGAUCCUGGAGUGGUCAAGGUGGCUGUGGAGGUCAGACUGGAUGGAGCGGCGGUGGCUCAUGGGGUGGCCAAGGUGGUGUAACUGGAGGCUGGACAGGCGGAUCUGAAACUGGUAGCGGCUGGGGAUCUGGUUCCGGUAGCGGCUGGGGAUCUAGUUCUGGUAGCGGCUGGGGAUCUGGUUCGGUAGCGGCUCGGGAUCUGGUUCCGGCACUGCUGGCGCAGGAUCCUGGGGUGGUCAAGGUGGAAGGGGAGGUCAGACUGGAUGGAGCGGCGGUGGCUCAUGGGGUGGCCAAGGUGGAGUAACUGGAGGUUCGACAGGCAGAUGGGAAACUGAUGGCGGGGCUGGGGAAGCAGCACUGGCGGUGGCAGUUGUGGUGGAAACGCCGGCGGUUGGCGGGCGUCAAAAUCAUAAUUACUGGAGCUCCAUCCGGAGGUCAAAGCGGACCUGCCGCUGGCGGCCCAUCUCGAGGAGCAUCCUUCUCUGGAUCUGGUUCAAAUAGCGGUUUCUUCUGCGGAUCAACAGGCGGUGUGGCUCCUUACGGUCCAAUCAGUGGCCCAGUUUCCGGAGGCCCAUCGGGAGGCGGAUUUUUUCAGGAUCAGCUUCAAGCGGCAGAUUCUUUAGCGGCGGUUCCGGUCCUUCAGGUCCAGGUU